AUUAAUUACAGGCACCAAAAGCAAUAAGAACGCAAAUUAAGCUUUAAACUGGUGCUCUUGCUUUUAUUUAAAAAGGUUUAUGCAGUUAAUGGUAUCGAAACAAUUGAAAAAUGGAAAGCUCAGAAGCUGGAUCUGUUUCCUCUCGAAGUAGAUCCUCAUCUAAUCAGUCAAGUUCAGACAUGUUUUCCAAAAAACAUUUGACUUUUUGUUCUCCGGAUACUUUACUGCAACGGGCAGAGUUUUUAAACCAGGAAAUUUCCGUGUUGGGUUAUCCUGCUAUCCUAGUUGAUGAUGCACUGGAUCCCGUGGCAAUGAUCAAUGUAUUGCAUGACCUUGUUAACAGCUACAGGCAACUACUUUCAUGUAAUUCAGAAAUAUCAACUGAGCUAAAAAGCUCAGAAUGUGAGAGUGCACGGUUGGAACACUUGCUCUUACAAGCAAAGGACGAUGUUGCUAACAUAGACAGAUCUCUUAAAUCAAAAUGCAGCGAAGUUUCAUAUGUAAACGAAAAAUUCGAAAGUUUUCGAAAAAAACUCCGCAUUGAGCAAGAAAAAUGUCGGCGUCUCUCAUUGGACCUUAUCAAUCGCGACGCGCAGUAUAAACAUGAGAAAAAGAAAAAAGCGCAAGAAGUAGAAAGAAUGCAGACAAAACUGCAGCAGCUUUUACAGGAUAAGAGACAUGAGAAGGUGUUAGGAAUAGACAUGCUUAAUCUAAUGGAAAGACCUGAAGGCAGAAGAGGAAAAUGGACAACCGAAAAAUCAAAGAAAAACAAUGAGCUAGAGAUGUAUCACAUGAUCAUCAAUAAUUAUGAAGAUGCCAACAAAAAACUGCUGGAAGAAAAUUCUGAAAUCCGUAAAUAUUUAAAACAAAUGCAAGAAGAACUCAUCACAGCUUUGAAUGAAAAAUCCGCAGCCAAUAUUGCAGAUGGAAACCAGGGUACAAAUGAAUCAGGCAGUAAACCAGAUCUGGUGAAUGGAGGUGUCAAAAUAUCGGAACCAAUUCGUGACAACUUGUUUGAAAUGCCGUAUGAGAUGGUUAAAGAUGAUAUUGAGAGGAAUUUAACUUUACGAUGGAAAGCAGUUCAAAAAGAAAUUCAAAAUAAGAACCUGCAAACUACUGUUCCAGAUGAAAUGAUGAGAAAAAUGGAAGAAUGCAAGAAAAUCAUUGAAGAACAACAAAGAUUGAUUGACUAUCUAACUACAAGUCAAGCAAGUACAUCAAGUCAACAUUUUAGUGAUUCUUAUUUCUUGGAGGAGAAAUCAGAGUUGGAGAGAAACAAAGGAAUGUUUUAUCAACAAAGAAUCUCAUUUGAAAAGGAGCGACAAGUUUACACAGACGCACUCAUUCAACUUGGUAUUGAUCGACAGAAGUUUGAAGAACAACGCAGUAGAUGGUUGCAGAAACAUUUCCUACAACUUACACCUUUACGUGGAGGAAAAACACUCACUGAGGCAAAAUCUACACCUGAUAUUAUCAACCACAGCAAACAAAGAAGAAGACUUCCUUUAUGCGUAGUGCAACAUUUGAAACAUACAGAGGAAGAGAGACGAGCUUCUCCUUGCCUUAAACACACUUUCCAAGCAAGUACAUCUCCAGAUAAAAUUGCAUCUCCAUAUUUGAGGCAGUUUCACCCACAAAGUCCGUAUAAAACACCACGAGCUUCUGAAAGUUGUCAAGAUUUAUUUGACACAUCGUUACCGUUGGCACGCGAAAUUUACAGCUGUAUGGACCUUGAAUCGAGGGUGGAAAACACAGAACAAGAAGAUGAAGUGUUCGGGUAUACGCCUGUUAAAUGCCAACCCUGUAACCACAGCACAAGACAAUCACUACCACCAUCAUUUGAACGCCAUAUCUUAACUGACAAGUUACGGUAUUGGAAAAUUGAAGAAAAUGAUCAAAGCUGUGAAAACGGCAAAUAUGCUUGACAUUUGACAACUUUAUUUUUUUGUUUAGGUUAAUUUAUUGAUUAUUGUUGUACAGUGAUUUUUGUGUGGAUGGCCUGAAAUUAGUUGGAGGGGUUGGUUUUCGAGGAAUGGUAAAACAUUUUUUGGAGUUCCUAAUUUUAUUAUUUAUGGAAUAUGCGCUUUGUGUCAAGUAAUAAAAGGAAUUAUCUUUAAA